UUGAAAUGUUGUGGUGGAGCGGAUGGGUUCAUAGACUGGAACAACAACAUCUAUUUUAAUUGUUCAGAAAAUAAUCCAAGUCGUGAGAGAUGUGGAGUGCCUUAUUCAUGUUGUCGUCCUGUAGACGACGGUAGCCUUAUUAUAAAUACACAGUGUGGUUAUGACACCACUGACAAAUCGUCUGCUGAAGUCAGUGACCGUAUCUACACAGUUGGGUGUAUUAGUCAGCUGGUGAAAUUCGUGAACAGUAAUCUUUAUCUGAUUGGUGGUGUUAGCCUUGGAAUCGCUGUAUUACAGAUUCUUGGUAUCUUUCUUGCGAGGAUUCUACAUACACAGAUUGAUGAACAGAAAACUCGAUUUGAAAAUUCAAAACAGCAGAAUCAGUACAUGUCGAGAUUCUAAUACAAAAACUGUUCAUUUCAGUCUAGGUUCAUUUUUGUACUUUUUAAAUGUGUACAAGUUAAGAAUGUAAAUAAUGUGAUGUAAAAUGAUUGAGAGACAAAUUUUAAUGUAGGGAGGGAAAAUUUAGGCAUCAUGGACUCUCUCUAAUUGGGACAUUCACAGCCCAAUUUUGUCUCCAACAUUUAGCUGCAUUCAUUUUCAUAAUUUUGUCAAAAUAAUAUAAAAUUAAACAGAAAUAAUUGCCACAUCUCAAAUUACACAAUAAAAUUGAAGUAAUGAAUAAGUAAUGUUAUUAUUUUUAUGUGUACAUCUACAAGUAGAAGAUGUUUUGAUUCUUCCAGUGUCACUAACACCACAUACAUGUACCAUCAGUUCAAUGUUUAUACUUAAAGCCUAAAUUAGAGCGUUUUUAUAGUACUUCAGUAGGGAUAUGUGAAUAUUUAAAAACAUUGGCUGCAUACACGACAUCAAUGUCCCCCUCAAUGUCUUCCAAAAAAAAUCUGUAUAUAUUGAGAAUUUGUAAAUUUAUUACAUUGUAGUAAUGUAGUAAGUAUUGUUAAUUAUAGCUGAUUUUACACCAUGCGUUAUUUUUUUAUAACAAUUUCAAUUUUAUAACUGUUUUUAUAACUAUUAUUAUUUUUGUUUUCUCUUUGUAUUUCCAUACCUAGAUAGUUCCAGUACUGAAAUAAAAUUAUUCUUAUGUUUAUUUAUUCAAUAAGAUUCCUGCAUGUCCACACUCGCACAGAAAAAAAAAAAAUCAAAGACACUUGUUUGAUCUCUGAACCAGUCUUGAUAAUUUUCCCACACUGAUGCAAACAAGCAGCUCUCUACUGGAAAUUGAGUGAGUGUAAUGUGCCUCUUUGGAUCGGCAAUACUAAGUAGAUCAUUUAUAUAUACAUAUUUUGAUUUACAGGUUCAGAAUUCCUUUAUUCCAUGGUAGAUUAAGUUCUGGUUUCAUUUCAUUUCGUAGAUUAUUCUGAACAUAAUAUAUACAAGGUUUCAUUUAAAUUAGAUACUAAAGAUACCUGUGGAACACAAAUAUUAAUCAAGUCUGAAUAGUUCCAGGGCACCCAUGUCAUUGACAUUUGAUGGACAGUUCUCAAGAUAUUGGUGGAACAGACACGCACAUACACACACAGGAUAACUGCAGAAACUCCCAGAGUGUGUGUGUGUGUGUGUCAUAUACAUGAGAGUUCAAAAUAGUGAUCAUGAACAGAAAAUUGAAAUUACUCAUUUAUCAAUCAUGUACUUUAUUUUUAAUAAAGUAGGAAAUUAAAUCAAAGCUCAUUACAUAUACACAAUGCAUGAUGGGAAUAUUCAACAUUAAAGCAGCCACCAUGUCAGAAGAACUUCAUCAAUUUCUUUUUAUCUAUUGUAUAAAAAGCAUGUUUCAUCUUUGAAAUGUUUGUACGUCUUUGCUUUUUUCCUCUCAUGUUAACAGCAAAGGGAAGCAAUGCCGGUUCUCUCAGUAUACAUCCCCAACCAUUAGGCGUGUAGACUUUCAAUUUCACACGUACAUCAUUUGCUAUGGUAACUGCCGCCCAGCCUGCAAUCAAUAAAAUACUGUAAAUGUUUUAAUCUCACCUGCUAAAUUUAAACCCAGUGAAUAUGUUCAGAGCAUCAAAAUAGUGAAAUUAAAUAUCAGUGAGAAUAGAGGAUUUUACAGUAUACUUGAUUUGUGAUCUUCUGUCUUUAUACAGAUUGUAACCUCAGCAGAAGUAGGUGUUUCUAUGAAAACCACUAAAUCUCACAUAAUCCCUAUACUGUGUUGGUAAAGAUUAAGACUGACACUUUGGCCAAGAGUGUCCGGGGGUCAUUGCUAUAAUAAUAAAUUUAUUGUAUCCUUAGAAAUAGUUUCCAUUGGUUGACAGAAAUAAAAUGUUUUUCAAUAA